AUGGAGGACACAAAUGGUAAAAGGAUAAACGCAUAUGAUGAAAAUGAGUGGAUGCAAAAAGAAGAGAGUAAUAUUAGUAAAUCCACAAGCUUUGAUAUACCUUCAGCUUCUAAAUUAGCAGAGGGAAUCUGCAUUUCAAACCGAACAACGGAAAAUGAAAAUGAGUACGAGAACAACAAUGAAAAGGCUAGCGGAAAGGACAGCAUAAAUGGCAGUGUAAAGGGGAGCGAACAUGGGAGUGAAACUGACGGAGUAAACUACAUUGGAGAUAAUAAUACAUAUAAUGAUGAUGAAGAUGACAAUAUAAAUAUACAUAAACAUGAAAGAAUCAUGGGGGAAAGCUUUCCCUCUUCACACGUUUCUACGAGCGUGAGCAAUAGUCAUAUGACCCGCCUUCAAAGGGUUCACUUGGCCAACAUUGUUGAACAUUCAUUCAAUAGAAAUGCUUAUAUUGAGGAAGUAAAGGAAAAGGAAUCAUGCACCAAAUUACAAGAUGUAAUGACUUAUGAAGAUAACAAUUAUUUUGAUGAAGGUGCAGUUAUAGAUAGCUCAAGCUGUGCAUACAAUAGAGAACAGAAAAAAAAAAAAAGAGAAAUAGAUGAUGAGGAUAUGAUAAAAAUAUAUAUUAACAAUGUGGGCGGUUCUGAUAAUGGCUACUUGAACAAUAGCAGUUACAAUAACAGAAUCUGUAACAAUAGAAGUUGCAACAACGGUGGUGAUAUUGACUGUGAGUGUGAACAUUCGGACUUCCCAGGGAAGUACUAUGACAAGAGCAGGCUGUCCCCUAUGUAUAGAAACAAAGCAAGCAAUAUGGAAGAUUCCUUUAAAGAAGUCAAAGAAGAACAAAAUUUGAGCUCAGUUCAAGAUUUAUUGGAGGAUAUAAAACUGUUCAAUAGUUCCAUGAAGUCCAUAUCGGACACAAAUAAUAAUAUGAGUCUUCAAGAUGAGAUAUCUAAAAUGUAUUCUCAAUUUGCAUCUGAUAAUAAUUUACAUUCUCUUAGUAAUUUUCAUAUAGAUUCUUCCCCAUGUAAUACUAUAGGAAAGGCAAACAAUUUUAAAAAAUCGUCUUUUCAAUAUGAGUUGCAUGCAGAUGCGGAAGCAAAACGGGAAGAUCAAUGUGAAGACUCACACCAGGGGAGAGAACGACAAGAAUUAGAAAAAGGGGAAGAAGCAGAAGUGGAAGAAGCAGAAGUGGAAGAAGCAGAAGUGGAAGAAGCAGAAGUGGAAGAAGCAGAAGUGGAAGAAGCAGAAGUGGAAGAAGCAGAAGUGGAAGAAGCAGAAGUGGAAGAAGCAGAAGUGGAAGAAGUAGAAGUGGAAGAAGUAGAAGUGGAAGAAAUAGAAGUGGAAGAAGGAGAAGCGGAAGAAAUAGUAGAAGACGUAGAAAAGAGGGAUAAGCUAAAAAGCGCGUCUAACAAAUAUGAUAAAAGAGACGACGUGAAAAAUGUUAGCGGUGCGAGUAGAGAAAAUAAAAUGUAUUCAUCGAAAAGAGGGAUUCAAGAAUGUAUUUCAAACAAAAUGACUAACGACUAUCUAAAUGAAGAGGUAGCGAAAUAUAGAACGAAUGUGCAUAAUGACCAAGGGAACAAUACAAAAUUAUAUAUGAGCGAUAUGAGUCCUUUAAAUUUAAAAAAAAGCGAAACAAACGUCAUUUCGUCCAAUCAGUGGGAAAAAAUGAAAAAGAGCUUUUGUGAUAUCGAAAAUAAUUUGUUAGGGCUAGGCAAGGAAAAACAGCAGUUUCGUGAGAAAAGCAUUGCACAGGCACACGCUUGUGCAAAUGGAAAUUCAAAUACACAUGAAAAUAUACAUACACAAACACAUGCUUAUAAUGUGUUCCUGAUGAACAAGAAUAACGAAGACUCCGCCAGGCAUAACACCUUCAGCGGUAGUACCCAUGAGGAAUACCUGGUGAAUGAUGCGACUUCCCCUAUAAAUGGAACAAACUCCCCUAUGAAUGAGACUAACUCCCCUAUGAAUGAGAACAUCUCCCCUAUGAAUGAGACUAACUCCCUUAUGAAUGAGAACAUCUCCCCUAUGAACGAAGUUUCCCCCUUAAGUGAUGUUUCACCGCACUUCAACUACCUAGAAAGUAAUGAUGCAGAAAGUUUAAGGUACUCUAACGACUUGUUCCCGAGCAUAGAUUACAUAUCAUUACACACGAAGUGUGUAAGUUUAACAAGAAGGGCCUCCAACAAAUCAGAAUUAACUCAAGAUGAUACCCCCAACUUAAGUUAUACUAAGUGUGCGUCCCCCAAAGAAACUUCUUAUUUCAGUAGUGGUAACUCACCAAAUAUAAGUUUUGCAAACAAUUAUGAAACGAAAGCAAAUGCACAAAUACAGAAAGAUGGAUUUCCUACAGUUGUACAUCCUAUGAAAAGUAAACUAACGAAUUUAAAUUUAGGUAAAAGUAGUUGUAACUCACCUAGUAUCAACUACUCAAAAGAGGAGGAACAGGAGGAAGAUGAAGAGAUAUCAACGAACUUAAUAAAAAUUACAAACAGCGAACUAACAAAAAUAGACAACUCAAAAAUUAGUUCUUCAGCCAAGGCAAAAACGCCUAAAAAUCUAAGUAGACCAUCCUCAAACAAAGCUGUAAUGAUGGGAACUGUUAAAGCGAUAAAAAUAAAAAGUAAAGGAAACGAGAAUGUUAAAACUCCCAAAAUGGCGAAGCGGAAUAGUAACAGUAGUACUACUACCACCACUACUACUACUACCAGUGCGGUCAAGACUGAGCGUAAGGGGAGUAGCAGCUCUCCUACUGCGGUAGUAACUGCUACUACUCCAGUUAGCUGUGUGAAUGCGGCUGGAGGAGGUUCCCCCACGAAUAUUGCUGGAGUAGUAGGGAAGGCUCAGAAGAACGAGAAAAGUAGUCCAUCGGGAGAAAGGGAUGUAACAUACAAUAUGAACGUUGUGAUAAGGUGCAGACCGAUGAGUGUGAGUGAAAAGAAUGAGGGUGCGAAAAACAUUAUAAAAAUUUUAGAUAACAAAAUGGUAGUACUUCUGGAUCCUUCGGAUAACUCAGAUAAUGUAUUAAGGCAAAAUAGAAGUAGAGAAAAAAAAUACGUGUUUGAUUAUGUAUUCGAUGAAAAUUGUUCCCAAGAGGAUGUAUAUAAUAAUAGUGUCAAAUGUCUAAUAGAUGCAGUUAUAAAAGGAUAUAACUCUACAGUUUUUGCAUAUGGUGCCACAGGUGCAGGUAAGACACACACUAUAAUAGGAUAUAAAAAUGAACCUGGAAUUAUGAUGAUGAUACUAAAAGACCUAUUUGAAAAAAUAAAAAGUUUACAAGUAAUGCAUGAGUAUAAAGUUAAAUGUUCAUUUAUUGAAAUAUAUAAUGAGAAUAUAUGUGAUCUGUUGAACCCAUCAAAUGAAUAUCUAGAUUUAAGAGAAGAUCCUAUAAAAGGAGUAACUGUUUCUAACAUAUAUGAAGUAAGUACUACAUCUGUUGAAGAAAUUAUGGAAUUAAUUCAUACAGGAAAUAGAAAUAGAACCCAAGAACCCACAGAUGCAAAUAAAACAAGUUCAAGGAGUCAUGGUGUAUUACAAGUUAUUGUAGAAGAAACAGAAAAAGGACAAGGUGUUUAUCAACAAACGAAAAGAGGAAAGUUAUGUGUUAUUGAUUUAGCUGGAAGUGAAAGAGCUAGUCAGACGAAUAAUAAAGGAAUGAGGAUGUUAGAAGGUGCUAAUAUUAAUAGAUCAUUGUUAGCAUUAGGAAAUGUUAUUAAUGCAUUAGUUUUAAGAAGCAAAGGGACUUCUAAAUCAAAUUUUAUUCCUUUUAGAGAUAGUAAAUUGACUAGAUUAUUAAAAGAUUCUUUAGGUGGAAAUUGUAAAACAGUUAUGAUAGCUAACAUAAGUCCUUCCCAUCUAUCAUAUGAAGACACUCAUAAUACUUUAAAAUAUGCAAAUAGAGCAAAAAAUAUAAAAAAUGUAGUUACUUCGAAUGCUAUUGUUGUUAAACAUCAUCUUUCCAUGUACAUUGAUCUUAUUGAAAAGUUAAAGAAUGAAAUUGAAUUUUUAAAAGAACAAUUAAAUGAAAAAGACAAAAUGAAUGAAUAUUACAUGAGUACUAGCUCCACUAAUUAUGAUUACUAUGACCAUUUGAAGGAAUAUGAAAAAAACUGCUCUAAGGAAGAACUUAUAAACAUUAUAUCUGUCUUAAAAAGGGAAAAUCAAAAGUUGAGGAACUCCGACGGUAACGAUGUCCAGAAUGGGGGCAAUCACAGUGGAGUAGCUCAUAAUGGAGUAGCUCAUAAUGGAGUAGCUCAUAAUGGAGUAGCUCGUAAUGGAGAGGCUCAUAAUGGAGAGGCUCAUGGACAAAACUGUAACAACAUUACUGCAAACGAAUACCAAGAAGAAGAAUUAUAUCGUUACAAAGAAGAAGUGAAUAGCUUAAAACUUUUAAAUGAAAAAUUAUUUACAGAUAAUAAAAGCUUUCAAGCAAAGCUCCAAGAGUACUUGCAAGUUUCCCAAAACUUGAAAUCUCUUAAUGAUGAGUAUAAAAAACAAAUAGAUGGAUUCAAAGUUUUGAUAUACAAUCAUGAUAUUAAUCAUAUUCAGAUUAAGAAGAAGCUGGACGACUUGAAGAAAAAAUACGCUCAGUUGAAGGAGAGUACGGAGGACAAAGAAAAUGAUGAUACUUCUGAAAAGUGGAAAUAUGAUUUAACAAAACUUUUAAAUGAAAGAAAAAAAAUUAAAAUGAUCAUUUUGGACCUUGAGCGAAAGCUUAUUGAAGACAAGGAAAUCAACAUAAACAAAUACUCGGAUGAAGAUAUUAAGCUGCUGCGCGAAAGUAAAGCAAGCUUGGAUCAGCAGCUAAAAAUGAACAUAUCGAAAACAAACGAUAUAAUAAAAGAGCUACCAAAUAAAGUAAAAGAUGAAAAAAUGAAAAAUUUUCUCUAUCUUUUUUAUACUAAUAAGGUCUUAUUGCAAGAUAAGGAGGAGCUCCAGGAAUUCCUGGAGUUAUCCUCUACAAUAAUAAGCCAGAAGGAAAAGCAAAUCAACGAAUUGAAACAGCAACUUAAGGCAACUUCUUAA